UAUGAAUGCUUACGUGUGUGAGUUGUAAACUUUUGAAUGUUUUGAUUGUAAAAAGUUGUAGCGCGAUUAGAUCGAUAAUCAUUUUUGCAGUUCAUUAAUAUUUAUGCUCUUUCAUACCACUUUUAAAGGUAAUGCAUGAGAUUUAGAAUCUUUCAAUCUAUUUUAAAAAUGGCUUCAAAACCCAAAGUUGUCUUUGUAUUGGGAGCUCCUGGUGCUGGAAAAGGUACUCAGUGUAAAAAAAUAGUUGAGAACUUUGGUUUUGUCCAUUUAUCUGCCGGUGAUCUUUUGCGAGCUGAAAGGAAUACUCCUGGAUCCCAAUAUGGUGAACUCAUUGAGAAUCAUAUACGUAAUGGAACCAUUGUACCUGUUGAAAUUACUUGCCGUCUAAUUGAAGAGGCAAUGAAACAAUCUUCAAGUAAUAAAUUCUUGAUUGAUGGUUUUCCACGUAAUAAGAACAACUUAGACGGCUGGAAUCAAGAAAUGGGUGAAAAAGCGGAUGUUCGAUUUAUUUUAUUUAUUGAUUGCUCUGAAGAUGCAUGUAUUGAAAGAUGCUUGAAAAGAGGUGCUGAAGGUAGUGGGCGCUCCGAUGACAAUAUUGAUAGCUUAAAGAAGAGAUUUCGAACCUUUCAUGAAGAUACAUUGCCCAUUGUAAAUCAGUUUAGUGAGAAAGGCAUGGUUUUAAAAGUGGAUGGAGGUCAAGAUCCUGAUACAGUUUUCCAGAAAAUCCGAGAAUUAUUUGAAAAGCAUUCAUAAAAUUGUAUUCCUGAAACUGAUCAAAUUAUGGGUUCAUACAUUUUUUUAAAUCAGUUAUAAAGAAACAAGUUUAUCUGCACAUUGUAUUAUUGUGCAAUUAUGUUAAAUAUUUUAGCUAGAAUAGUGUAAGGACUUAAAAUUUUGUAAUUGACUGUAGAGAUUAUUCGUUUAAUCUGUUUUUAUAAUAUUUAAAUGUGGUAAAUGUUUUGCUUAGCUAAGAAUUAUGUGGCAGCCUUGUAUUGUGGGUAAAUCGUUAAUAUGCUUGUUGAAACUAUAAUAUAUAUACUGUUAAUCACUUUUAAUACAAUUUAUUUAAAAUCUUUCAAAAAUGGAUAAAAAUUUUAUAUUUAAUGAAUUUUCUUAAAUCUAUAUGAAAAACUAACCAACGACUAGAGAUUUUAUUAUGAGUGCUUUCUAAACUGUACAGAAUUAUAGUUGUGAGAUUUCAUCAUUUCCUCUUGUAGAUUACUAUCAUUUUUCUUUUUUAUUUAUGUAGGAUUUAGACAUGUAAUCUUUUAUAUGUUUGAUUUUUUUUUAUCACUUGCAGUAUUUUUACUUGUUUAAGAGCUUAGAUCUUUUUCUGCUUGAUUUGUAUAGUAGUUAUCAAACUUGGUAACUUUUUGUUCACAUUCAAUUUAAUGUAUAAUUAAUAUAAUUAUAUAUAAAUCUCAAAUUUAUUAUGUACAAUGUAUCAGUAUAGCUUUCUGAAUCUU